UUGCCCCAGGUGGCUCUUUCCAUUCCGAGGUUCGGAGUUUGUUCGGCCAUUGCAGCUCUGUUCGCCGGUUCCUGUGGAUUAAGUUCGUGGAUCCCUGCGCCGAUCCAAAUCAAGCAAGCUGUUCGCCUGCGAGUUUUGUCGCUCGCGCGACAGCAUCGAAAGUCGCACACAAAGAUAAAUUCUGCAACAUUUACGAUCUCACCGUCGCCAAUUGACAUUGACAUCGUCACACAUCACAUUUUCAGAACUUGGCAACCCACUCGGCCCAAGUCGUCAUAUUUCCUGACCAAAAUGUACAACGGAUACUCGCAGUACAAUUCUUAUAGGCCUAAGGAGAAUCGAAAUCACCUUCAUGGCAAUCGUAGUGGAGGAAAUGGUGGAACUUAUUGGAACAGUCAACAACAAACCCAGAAAGACCACAACGCAAAGAAGCAAAAUCAUAGGAAGACUCCAGGAGAUUUAUUGAAAAAGCCCAUUUGGGACUCAAAAUCAAUGCCAUCGAUAACAAAGAACUUGUAUGCUCCUCAUAAAAAUGUUCUUAGAAGAACUCCUGAUGAAAUCAAGAAGUAUCAUACAGGCAAAGAGAUCACUGUCAAAGGCAACAGUACACCAUCUCCAAUCCAGACUUUUGAAGAAAGCAAUUUUCCCGACUAUGUAAUGGAAGAAAUCAAGAAGCAAGGAUUUGCUGAACCUACUGCAAUUCAAGCUCAAGGUUGGCCAAUUGCACUUAGUGGACGAGAUCUCGUUGGAAUUGCCCAAACUGGCUCUGGAAAAACAUUAGCAUAUAUCCUUCCCGCUACAGUGCACAUCAACCAUCAACCUCGCCUCAGCCGUGGCGAUGGUCCAAUUGUUCUCAUUCUCGCUCCUACUCGUGAAUUGGCUCAACAAAUUCAAACAGUCGCACGUGACUUUGGCUCAUCUUCAUGCAUUCGCAACACCUGCAUCUUUGGUGGUUCACCGAAGGGGCCUCAAGCUCGCGAUCUUGAACGUGGGGUGGAAAUUUGCAUCGCGACACCUGGUAGAUUAAUCGAUUUCCUUGAAAAGGGCACCACAAAUCUACGUAGAUGCACUUAUCUAGUAUUAGACGAAGCUGAUCGAAUGUUGGAUAUGGGCUUUGAGCCGCAGAUCCGCAAGAUCAUCGAGCAGAUCCGACCCGACCGACAAGUGCUCAUGUGGUCCGCUACUUGGCCCAAAGAAGUGCAGGCUCUUGCCGAAGAUUUUCUCACUGAUUACAUCCAGAUUAAUAUCGGCUCUCUGACCUUGGCUGCAAAUCACAACAUCCGACAGAUCAUCGAGAUAUGCCAGGAGCAUGAAAAGGAAACCAAACUAUCGCAAUUGUUGCGUGAAAUUGGAACCGAACGUGGCAGCAAGAUGAUUAUCUUCGUGGAGACAAAGAAGAAAGUGGAUGACAUCACGAAGGCAAUCAAACGUGAAGGCUGGUCAGCUAUAUCAAUCCACGGCGACAAAUCACAGCCGGAACGAGAUUAUGUGUUAACAGAAUUUCGUAAUGGCAAAACGAUGAUUUUGGUCGCGACUGACGUGGCGGCGCGCGGCUUAGACGUCGAAGAUGUUAAGUACGUGAUCAAUUUCGACUACCCCAACAGCUCCGAGGACUAUAUCCACAGGAUCGGCAGAACUGGUCGCUGCCAGAGCGCGGGCACUGCCUAUGCUUAUUUCACGCCGAAUAACGCAAGACAGGCGAAGGAAUUGAUCGCUGUGCUGGAGGAAGCUGGUCAAUCUAUAAAUCCACAACUGAUCGACAUGGCAAAUUCUGUCAGGAACCAAUAUGGCAAAGGACGGCAACGAUGGAGCCACGGACGUGGCAAUAAGGAUAACAACACACACGGAAGUCCCAGAAACAAUAUCAGCCCAACGAUAAACAACUGGCAAAAUCAACACAUACCGACGCAGACAAAUCAGCAUGGACAUCAUAAUCAAGUGCCCCAGGAGAAAACCGUGGCUCGUCAUCAACGCAACAACGGUUAUCAAGCUAAUCGCCCGAAUAAUUAUCAACAAUCUUACUUGCGACAGUCCACCGUCGGCUACCAGAACGGCUACCAGGCGACUAAUAACGCGUGCCAACCUACACAUCAACCCACCAGCGCGCCCAAGUAUCAAAACAGAACUGGAUACCAGAAUAAUCGAUUCCAGAAUCGGCAGAAUGGUUUUAGCGGUGGACAGAACGGACCCAAUGUCUAUUCGAUGCCGCCACCCUUUAUCAUGCCGUCCGGCGGACACGCAGAUUCUGGUAUUCAGAAUCUGGUAAACAACAAAUUCUUCCAGACAAACCGCCCACCACCGAAUGCUGGCGCUUGCGCGUAUCAGUCGAUGGGGUACGGUCAGUUCCAAGCGGUACCGCCGUAUGGAUAUCCGUAUCCUCCCACACCCGUGCAGCAGUGACGCUUCCCACGGUGCAAAACCGUAGGGGUGCGGGCUAAAUGAAAAGUAGGGUAAGUAAACCCUGCAUUUUCCGUUUAAUCCAAUUUGUCUAUAAUAGACUGCCGAUGAAGGUUGAAGAUUCAUGAAUUUUCAAAUGUUUAAAUUUUGGUCUGAGGUUAUUUUUUGAAAGUUAAAUUUUCUUUAGUAAAUUUGGUAAUCUGCUUUUAUAAAAACUUUAAUACUUUAUAGAAUUAAGUGUAAUUGUUAAAGCACAAAAACUGCAUUAGAAUUAAGCGUAAUUGUUAAAGCACAAAACUGUGCAUUGUUCAUUGAAAUAUGGACGUUUCAGUCACACUUUGAGCUUUGAUUGACAUAAAAUAAUAUUAAAAAUGAUUGAUGAAACAAUAGUAAAAAUGUAUUGUUAUUGUUUGCCUAUUUAAU